GUGGGGAAGCCCGGCUCCGGAGCGGGCGGGGCUGGGCGUGUGGCGCGCGCGCCCUGGGCUCGCUCACUCUCGUCCCUGCCGUGCGCGCGCGGCCGGGUGCGGAGAGGCCCAUAGGGGUGAGGCAGGAGAGCCCGAGGAUGCGAAUGGAGACUGCACGUUAACACAAUUCCCACUUUGGCUUCAAAAAGAGAAAACCACUGAGACAAAGAUUUUUUGCCUAUUUGAUUCUUCACAGCAUUUGGAUUUGUGAAACGGUGCUGCAAUGUGGUGGUUUCAGCAAGGCCUCUGUUUCUUGCCUUCGGCUUUGGUUGUUUGGUCAGCCGCUUCUUUCAUAUUUUCAUACAUUACCGCAAUCCUUCUACAUCACAUUGACCCUUUGGUGCCCUACAUCAGUGACACAGGGACAAUACCUCCUGAAAGAUGCUUAUUUGGGAUUAUGUUAAAUAUUUCCACUUUCUUAGGUAUUGCUACUGUGUAUGUUCGCUAUAAACAAGUGUAUGCUCUGAGUCCAGGAGAACCCAAGAUCGCCAGAUUAAAUAAGGCUGGCUUUAUACUCGGAAUGAUAAGCAGCUUUGGACUUUGCAUUAUUGCCAACUUCCAGAGUUUUCCCUCUCAAACUGAUAAGCUUUUAAAUAUUCACACCACAAGCAAGAAACGCCAUAUGCAGAGCUUCCAGGAGUCACCAUCUGAUGGCAACAGUCAUGCAUUUGGCAGCCAUGUCAUGCACGUCCGCAUCUCAGUUGGAGUCUCUUGCAUCCAGCGGAUCUGCCAAAUGCUGGCAUUUGUCUGCAGUUAUGCAGCUUUUUGGCUGCUGGGGUGCCUGCUGAGCAAGGAUCCUGGUGCCUCCUUCCCCUGGUGGAUUAGAGCCAGGAAUGAGAAGCCAGGAGGUGGCGAGAGCAUGUGAUGGGAGCAGAAACACAAGAUGAGGAGUUUGAUACUGGCCUCAGGCUCCAGCCUCCUCUCUUCCCCCAAAUCCAGUUGUACCACAUGAUCUAUAGCACAUAGCCCCUGCCCACUGGGAGCCCCAGCACUUACUGUCCCCAGCCGCCUCCAGGGGCUUUAGCACUUCUUAUCCUUCCACAGGCCCAGCACUUCUUGAUGUCCAAGCAAGCAUCCAUCUAGCUACUCCUUCCUCCCUGUGCCCACUCACCUACCAUGACUAGAGAUGCCAAGUUUUAUUCAGCUCCAUGUCCUAACCCCACCAAUGAUCAAGGGAUGAUGUGUUUGACUAGGCCUAAAUUUAGGGUUAUGUGCAAGUUAGUUAAUUAAAUACUACACAUAAAAUGGCACAUGGUACAAACCAGAACUUGGCAGCUAUGCUUAUUAGCGUAUUUGACUACCAGUACUGGCAAGGAGGAUCCCACAGAAAAAGGAAGGAGCCAAAAAAAGAAAUUGGAUUCCAC